AGCAGCGCACAAACUGGGUCGCGACAUAAUGUUAGGGUGAUAUCUAUUAAGUCGUGAAAUCAUUAUGAUUUACCCCGAAAUUACACUAAACAAUGGUUAUUAAUGAAAAUUACAUCAGUUUGGGUCUCGAAAAGCAUUCAUUAAUAUAUUUGGGACAUCGCUGAAAAAGUUUGUGUACCCCUGCACUAUAGUAUGCCACUGUGCAUGAACGGCAUGAACACAAUAACUCAGAAUUGGAUUUUCUGAACAGUAGGUGGCGCAGUCUGACAAAAAAAAGCCAUGCACUUUCCACUUGAAAUGCAGUAUAUAUUGUAAUUGAGUAAUAUUUCAAUAAACAUUGUAUGUUGCAGGUAGUACACUUUUUUAUUGUAAAGUUCAAUAACGUAAUACAUAGUUCAUGUAUUUUCCAGAGAGUUACUCUUGUGAUGUGCUUACAAAUCAGAGUUUUACGGGUCUUUCACAGCACGAGAACGUUUCCCCAUCCUGCUGCGUGGCAAGUGAACUUGAGUCUACCCAAAACAAGAAAAACGCGUUGGUUGGAAAGACCCGAAUGGCUUGCUUACACUGUUUGCAUCCGAUAGCCUACUUACUUAUUAUUUCCAGAUUAAGGAAACAGAUAGGCCUGCUAAUUGAAAUGCGCCAUGUAGAAAGAGGGGCUCUAAUUGAACUGGAAGGGGUGGACUGGGCCAGAAAGACUAAGCAGUGCAAGAAGCUUGUCCAGGCGCUCCAGAACAGUUGGUCGACCAAAAAAGAGGCUUCCCUGGCAUAUUGUGAAGACCUGGUGGAUGCCCCUGCUUUGCGCUGUGUAUCUGACUCAGAUCUCCCCUCUGUCCCAGGUAGGAUGAGGCAGAAGUUACAGCAAGGCAUCAGUCUGGUGGUGGACAGGUACACCUUCUCAGGUGUGGCAUUCACCAGCGCCAAGCCGGGCUUCGGUAUAGAGUGGCGUACGAGCCCAGAUGUGGGCCUGCCCAAGCCAGACCUGGUGGUGUACCUGCAGGUGAGCCCUGCGGUGGCAGCACAGCGGGGGGAGUUCAGGGCUGAGCGCUGUGAGACCAGUGACCUCCAGAAGUCUGUGCUACGGAGGUUCCAGCAGUUCAAGAAGGAGCCCUCCCUCAACUGGCAGGUGGGAAACCACCGCUAGAGUCACCCAGCGCAAAGAGCAUAUUUGAAUAGGGUUAGGGUUAGGGUUAGGGACAGCAGACUGUAUAUAUUUAUAAAAUAUUUAAUUUGCAAGAGAAUCACACAGCGCAUCCCUGAACUGGGUCCUGUGCACCUGCAGUUGGUGAGCUGAAAAUUGGUGGGGCCAGAAACUGAUUAUCAGUCUCGUUUUCAGGUAUUGUCCUUGAUUACCAAUAAAGCAAUUAAUUCACAAUAUACUCCAUACCAUCUUCAAUUAGGCCAUUUCAAGUAAUUAUUUUUAUUUGAAUUGCAAAACGGUGAACAUUUUAUCAACAUUUUUUGUGGAUACAUGUGGACCUCUUCCUUCUCUGCACUUACACUCGGAUAUAUAUAUAUAUAUAUAUAUAUAUAUAUAUUCCUGUUAAAUCUGCAGUGCCCGAUUAUAAACAAUCUUAAAGCGUAGGUUCAUGAAAUUCAAUAUGUCAAAAAGGAAAUACAUAUAUGU